ACAGACAUCAGGCAAUAAUUAUACAUUGAACACACAAUUUAGUCAGUAGCGAAAAGUUUGUUAGGACGGUUGGUGGAACAAAUGUUGUCGCUUUGCUAUUUUUAGUUUUGGUUUCAAGAAAAAAAAUAUAUUAAUAAUAGGGCGACGUCUAUAACAAUAAUUCAAAAAGUAGGUUAAAGCUUUUUAUUUUAUUUUGAUAAUACAACAAAAAAUUCACCGAAAUUUCCGUGCGUUAUCAAAAAUUCCAAAGCGAUAAUUACAACCAAUGCAAAGAUAAAAAAAAUAUACACUUCCGUGAGUGAGAUACUUUUUUUUUUGGCAUUCGUUAGCAUAAUUCAUAAUUAUUGCUCUUUCGCUCAAAAGGUAUACCAUAAUAAUAUAUACCAACUGAAAAUGACGUGUUUUUAAGCAAAUACAUUAAAACGCCGGUCUGGCCAGUGACGUUUAGCCCCAAAAUUUGCAUAGUCUGACGCAUCGUCUCUGUCGUCACGUGUAAACGAAAGCUACUUUUGUUGUCUUUGAGCUAAAUAAAAGAAAGAAAAUAAACAGGUGUGAGAAUCUGACAAGUGUAUUUUUUAAUCCCUCUCUCAUUCUUCCUCUCUUUAUAUCUCUGUCCCUAUUAUAAUCAUUAAAAAUGGGCUACGACGAUGUCAUCACUCAUUUGGGAGAAUUCGGGAAAUACCAAAAGCGUAUUUAUCUUUUAGUUUGUUUACCCGGAAUAUCGUGUGCCUUUCAUAAGCUUGCCGGUGUAUUUUUACUCGCCAAACCGGAUUUCCGUUGUGAAUUGCCCUUUGAAUUUGGCACCAACAACGCCACCUAUGAACUUCCAGAUAAUAUCUGGCAAUUAGCAUAUCCAAAAGAUCCAUUAACCGGAAAAUAUCUCACUUGUGAAUAUUAUGAUGUUGAUUAUUCACAAGGCUAUCUUAACGGUUCUGCGCCGCCAUCAUCGGAAGGAGUGUCAUCGGUGUAUUGUGACAAGUACAUUUAUGAUAGAUCACAAUGGGAAAACAGUGCUGUCACCGAAUGGAAUAUGGUAUGUGGGCGAAGAUUUCUAAGUGCAACAUCGGAUUCUUUGUUUAUGUUGGGUGUUUUAUUGGGAAGCAUAAUAUUUGGUCAAAUGUCAGAUAAAUAUGGACGUAAACCGAUUUUCUUUGCUUCACUGGUAAUACAAUUGAUAUUUGGGGUUUUAGCUGCAGUUUCACCGGAAUUCAUAACAUACACUAUUUCGCGAAUGAUUAUAGGAGCAACAACGUCAGGUGUAUUUUUGGUAGCGUAUGUGAUAGCGAUGGAAAUGGUUGGGCCGACUUACCGACUCUUUGCUGGAGUUGUGUGUAUGAUGUUCUUUUCGGUGGGAUUCAUGUUGACAGCAGCGUUUGCGUAUUUUAUAACUGAUUGGCGAUGGUUGCAAAUCGGUUUGACCCUGCCAGGAGUUUUGUUUAUGUCAUAUUAUUGGUUCGUACCAGAAUCCGCUAGGUGGCUACUGUCGAAGAAUAGGAAACAGGAUGCGAUAGCAAAUAUUGAAAAAGCAGCUAAAGUCAAUAAGGUGAUAAUUCCCGAAGAUGUAUUGGACAAUCUUUUGGAGGACACAAAUGAGGAAAAAGACCCUCUGGACAAGCCUAAGAAAGAACCAUCGGUCUUUGAUUUGCUUAGGUAUCCGAAUCUCCGUCGGAAGACACUUUUGAUAUUCUUUGAUUGGUUUGUAAAUAGUGGAACUUAUUAUGGACUCUCGUGGAAUACAAAUAAUCUGGGUGGAAAUGUCCUCCUAAACUUUGUAAUCUCUGGAGCUGUUGAAAUUCCAGCUUACACAUUUUUACUAUUUACUUUGAACCGUUGGGGUCGGCGGUCUAUACUCUGCGGUUGCAUGUUAACUGCUGGAAUUGCCCUCCUCAUGACAGUCUUUGUCCCAGACGAUAUGAAUUGGUUGAUUAUAGUUUGUGCAAUGAUUGGAAAACUUGCUAUUACAUCAAGUUAUGGAACAGUGUACCUUUUCUCAGCUGAACAAUUUCCAACUGUUAUACGAAAUGUUGGUUUGGGUGCAUCAUCAAUGGUCGCUCGUAUUGGUGGAAUUUUAGCACCAUAUUUUAAUUUACUAGCUGACAUUUGGAAGCCACUUCCUUUGAUUAUAUUUGGAGCAAUGGCAUUUAUUGGUGGUUUGCUGUCUUUGCUGUUACCUGAAACGCACAACAAACCAAUGUUGGAAACAAUUGAAGAUGGUGAAAGAUUUGGUAAGAAAGUGCGACAAGAAGAUCUUCUCGAACAAGGUGAAGAAUUGAAAGAAGUUAAUAAAGAUGCUAUGACAGUGCCAAAUGGUAAUGGAAUAGCCAAAGAUAGUUAGAUAAUAUUUAAUGAUUAAAAUAAAUAUUUAGUGUUUUAAUGUAAGUUUACAAUCGAGAAAUCAUUAUUUUAUACCUAUAUACAAGUACAUAUAUUUGAAUAUUAUUCAUGAAACAUUAAUUAUAUUGAACGGUUUUUCCACACAAAUGU